AUGCGGCUGCCCCCCAUUUUCUGUGGCCGUUUGCGGUUCGCUUUGCUGUGGACGGGGAAGGUUGGCGAUGCGUCGGCGUUCCGUGUCUGGGGAUCUCGGGCGUUUGUCCGCGACUUGUCUGCGGACAAGCUGUCCCCUCGUGCUGCUCCCUGUGUCUUCCUUGGCUUCCCCACAGACGCUCCCGGGUGGCAGUUUUACCACCCCUCCUCUCGUCGUGUUCUGUCCUCCCAGGACGUCACGUUCGACGAGUCAGUCCCCUUCUACCGCCUCUUCCCCUACCGCACUCCUUCCCUCCCCCCUCCGCCGGACUUCCUUGUGCCAGUUCCCCCCCCGGUAGACCCCCUCCCCCCUCAGGUUCCUGCCCCCUCAGGUGUGUCCCAGGUAGACGCAGUUGACCCGGUCGAGGUUACUGGUGACUCUGGUGCUGCUGCGGGUGCUGAGCCUGGGGGUGCUGACUCUGGGGGUGCUGUGCGCGGGGGUGCCGAGCCUGGAGGUGCUGCUACUGGGGGUGCUGAGCCUGGGGGUGCUGAGCCGGGGGGUACGGUGCCUGGAGCUGCUGAGCUAGGGGGUGCUGGGUCUGGGGGUGCUAGGUCGGGAGCUGCUGAGCCUGGGGGUACUGAGUCUGGAGCUGCUGAGCCUGGGGGUGCUACAUCUGGAGCUGCUGAGCCUGGGGUUUCUCCUGCUGCUACGUCUCGCCGGGAGCCCCUCUCUCCACAGGAGCUGCGCGAGUGGUUUGCUCGUCGCUGGAGGCGUGCUGCUGGAGCUGGAGCUUCUUCGACCGUCGAGGGUGCUGGUGCUGCCGGUCCCGGAGCUGCUGGGCCUGCGGGUACUCCUGGAGCAGGAGCUCCUGAGGGUGUUGGUGCUGAGACUACUGCUGUCUGUCCCGGCGGUGGUUCUGCUGCUGGUGCUGCUGGAGGUCCUGCCGGUGGAGGUGUUGGUGGCGCUGGUGCUGUCGCUGAGGGUGCUGAUGCUGUCCCUGCUGAGUCUGGAGCUGCCGCGCGGCCUCGACCGUACUUCGUUCCGCUCCUGCAGCAGGUUCUUGGUCUUUCUCCUCCGGUAGAGUGUUCACAGCCUGUCCAGUCACAGUCACUGUUGGAGCCUUCCUCUCCACUGCCUGCUCCCUCUCCUUACACUGGUCCUACUGGAGGUCUUGCUGAGCGUCGUGAGCCUGCGUCUCGUCCUGCGUCGCCUGUUCGUGCUGCUCGCACUAGUGGUCGCGGUUCGCGUCAGCGUCCUCCUCCUGUCCCUGGCACGCACCGGAUGUCUCUGCGUCCGUCCACUGCUCCUCUGCGUGCCCCUUUGCCUUCUCCUCCUGAGUCCUCUCUUCCUGCGCUUGCCGACCCUGAGUCGGACUCUCUUCGUGCUGCCAGUCCUACUGUCACGCGUCUGCUUGCUACUGUCGUCACUGACCCCUCUUUUGAGUCCACUGCUGCGUCUGCUCUUGUCGCUGAGCUCGUCGACUUUGCUGCUCGCUGUCGUCUAGACUACGCUGCUAGCCUUGUUGCUGAGUCUGCGUCUGUCUGUCCUCCGUCCGUCGGGGGUGAGUGUGCUCUUGGCACGGACGUCCUAGAGGACAGGAAGGAGGAGUUACAGUGUCUGGCUGCUGCUUCACCUCAUCUUGCGUCUGUACUGCUUCCUCCUGAGGGAGACCCGGAUCCACUAGACAUCCCGACUCCGCGCUCUUACGCGGAGGCCGUAGAGGGUCCCUACUCGUCUCAGUGGCAGGCAGCUAUGGAUGCAGAGAUGGCUUCCUGGAAGUCCACAAGCACCUACGUUGACGCAGUUCCCCCUCCUGGGGCGAACAUCGUCAAUGGCAUGUGGAUCUUCAGGGUGAAGCGGCCGCCGGGCUCUCCACCUGUCUUCAAGGCGCGGUACGUUGCUCGUGGCUUCAAUCAGCGGCAGGGAGUUGACUACUUUCAGACCUUCUCUCCCACCCCGAAGAUGACCACUCUUCGGGUGCUACUGCACAUAGCCGCUCAGCGCAACUACGAGCUUCACUCUCUCGACUUCAGCACUGCGUUCCUGCAGGGUAGCCUGCACGAGGAGAUCUGGCUGCGCCGUCCACCUGGCUUCACUGGGACUUUCCCUCCUGGCACCCAGUGGAGCCUCCGACGGCCAGUCUACGGUCUCCGCCAGGCACCACGUGAGUGGCACGACACACUGAGGACUACGCUUGCGGCUCUUGGGUUUGCUCCUUCUACUGCUGACCCGUCGCUGUUUCUGCGCACCGACACUUCUCUGCCGCCGUUCUACAUCCUCGUGUACGUCGACGACUUGGUCUUUACCACAGCGGACACUGCUGGACUCGCCUACGUGAAGUCCGAGCUGCUGAAGAGACACACGUGCACAGACCUGGGUGAACUGCGCAGCUACCUUGGCUUGCAGAUCACUCGGGACAGAGCACGCCGCACCAUUACCUUGACUCAGUCACACAUGGUGCAGCAGGUUUUUCAGCGCUUCGGCUUCACGUACUCCUCGCCUCAGGCCACUCCUCUGUCUACUCGCCACUCGCUCUCAGCUCUACCUUCGGAUGAGUCCGUAGAGUCGAGUGGCCCGUACCCAGAGCUUGUUGGCUGCCUCAUGUACCUGAUGACCUGCACACGGCCUGACCUUGCAUACCCUCUGAGCAUUCUUGCACGCUAUGUUGCUCCUGGGAGACACCGACCAGAGCACAUGGCUGCAGCGAAGAGGGUAUUGCGCUACCUGUGCAGUACGUCAGGCAUGGGGCUAGUGCUUGGAGGGCGGAGUCCAGUGGUCCUUACAGGGCACGCAGACGCUUCUUGGGCUGACGACCAGGCUACGCAGCGGUCGUCACAGGGUUACACCUUCAGUCUUGGUUCCGGCUCUGUCUCGUGGCGGGCUACUCGUUCGUCUUCGGUUCUCAGCUCCAGUUGUGAGGCUGAGAUCUACGCCGGGGCCAUGGCUGCACAGGAGCUUCGCUGGCUCACCUACCUGCUGACUGACCUUGGAGAGCCGCCUCGUUCUCCUCCAGUGCUGUACGUAGACAACAAGGCCAUGCUGGCCUUGUGUCGAGAGCAGCGUCUGGAGCACAGAACGAAGCACAUUGCUCUUCGCUACUUCCUUGCUCGUGAGCUACAGCAGCGUGGACAGUUCCGGCUUGCGUACGUGGCCUCUGAGGCCAACACUGCUGAUGUGUUCACCAAGGCACUCGCGCCUUGUGACCAUCAGCGCUUCUGCACCCAGCUGGGUCUUGUGCCUGUCUUGCCUCACUUGCUCUCCUCUUGA